CAUGCGCGGUGCUGCUGCUGCCGCCGUCGCGGUGGUGCUGGUCCGGUUCGGGUCUCCGUGAACGCCGGGGGCUGUGCGGGGGUUCCGAUCGAUCGCUUGGGUUCUGCUUGUCCGGUUCGAUUCCGGCCCAUCCCACCCGCCGCCAGUUCCGCUCCGUCCCUGCCUCUCCGCAGCCGCGGUACCGGGAUCCCGCCGGCGCUUUCAGCUCCUCGCUGCCCCCCUCCCGGGGGGCUCCGCCAUGGCCAUGACAGGCCCAACGCCUUGCUCCUCCAUGAGUAACCACACCAAGGAGCGAGUUACGAUGACGAAGGUGACGUUGGAAAACUUCUACAGCAACCUCAUUGCACAGCAUGAAGAAAGAGAGAUGAGACAAAAGAAGCUGGAACAAAUGAUGGAGGAAGAAGGUUUGAAAGAUGAAGAGAAAAGAAUCAGGAGAUCAGCACAUGCACAAAAGGAAACUGAAUUUCUCCGCCUCAAGAGAACAAGGCUUGGUUUGGAAGACUUUGAGUCUUUAAAAGUAAUAGGCAGAGGAGCAUUUGGAGAGGUACGACUUGUCCAGAAGAAAGACACAGGGCAUGUGUAUGCAAUGAAAAUACUCCGUAAAGCUGAUAUGCUUGAAAAAGAGCAGGUUGGCCAUAUCCGUGCAGAGAGGGACAUUCUGGUGGAGGCAGACAGUCUGUGGGUUGUGAAAAUGUUCUAUAGUUUCCAGGACAAGCUAAACCUCUACCUGAUCAUGGAGUUCCUGCCUGGAGGUGAUAUGAUGACCCUGUUGAUGAAAAAAGACACUCUGACAGAAGAAGAGACACAGUUCUAUAUUGCAGAGACUGUGCUGGCCAUUGAUUCCAUCCAUCAGCUGGGAUUUAUCCAUCGAGACAUCAAACCAGACAACCUUCUCCUGGAUAGCAAGGGCCAUGUAAAGCUCUCAGACUUUGGUUUAUGCACUGGACUAAAGAAAGCCCACAGAACAGAAUUUUAUAGGAACUUGAACCACAGCCUUCCCAGUGACUUCACUUUCCAGAACAUGAAUUCCAAAAGGAAAGCAGAGACUUGGAAGAGAAACAGAAGGCAGCUGGCUUUUUCCACUGUGGGUACUCCAGAUUACAUUGCCCCUGAAGUGUUCAUGCAGACUGGGUACAACAAGCUCUGUGACUGGUGGUCACUGGGGGUCAUCAUGUACGAGAUGUUGAUUGGUUAUCCACCCUUCUGUUCUGAAACUCCUCAAGAAACAUAUAAGAAAGUAAUGAACUGGAAAGAGACUCUGAUAUUUCCUCCAGAAGUUCCAGUGUCUGAUAAAGCAAAGGAUCUUAUUUUAAGAUUUUGCUGUGAGUGGGAGCACAGAAUUGGUGCAUCUGGUGUGGAGGAAAUAAAGAGUAACCCAUUCUUUGAAGGGGUUGAUUGGGAGCACAUCAGAGAGAGACCUGCUGCAAUUUCAAUAGAAAUUAAAAGCAUUGAUGAUACCUCCAACUUUGAUGAAUUUCCAGAAUCUGAUAUCCUUAAACCAACAGUGGCAACAAGCAACCAUCCAGAGACUGACUACAAGAACAAAGAUUGGGUUUUUAUCAAUUACACCUACAAACGUUUUGAAGGUCUGACAGCCCGAGGAGCAAUCCCAUCCUAUAUGAAAGCAGGAAAAUAAUGAUUCUAUACCUUGGACAACUUCUGAGCCUUGGAAUUCUGUUCCUGUACUGUGGGUUUAUACUCAUAAAAGAACUUUUUUAAAAGAAAACUUGAGGGCUGUCAACUCUCUGAGAAGACUUCAGGACCCUGUUACACAGCCUGGUUGUUCCUAAGGAUUUUUUUUCUUCCUGCACCAUUGAAAUAAUUCCACAAAUUGUGUCAGCUCUGCUGCAAGCAGGUUCUGCUGCUUCAGGAGCAAGAGUUUUUAACUUCUUUGCCAGAUUGUACAGCCUGUCAGAGGAGAGCAAGCCUUUACUCUGACACUGCAAAGCACCUGAUGUUUCUAGGGGCUGCACUGCCAGUCCUGCUUUAAGUGACAAACUCAAUCUGCCAAUCCUGCCACUGCUUUCCCAGUGGCUCAGGACUUCAGUACAGAGGAAACAAAGCAAUAAUUCAAGCUUGAGACAGGACAGCUCUUCAGUCAAUGACUUAGUAGAUGGACACCAUUUGUAUUGCCUUAACCUUAGUUUGUAUUUUAGUGCUGGUUUUUUUAUAAUGCUACUUGGAAGCCUCUUGAAUAGAAUCCCUCACCUCUGUGGCAGUGGCCUCCAGUUGUGGUGCACUUUACUUUUGGUACUAAGACAGUGACCCUCAAGCCAUUUAGGGUUUUGUUAUGGGUUUUUUUUAUUAUUAUUAUUAAAAAGUUGUGCAACACUUUGUCUUUGCUAGACAGUCCUAGGGAAACCGGGGCCACAGUUUGCAGUUACAAUAUGAAAGGCUCAGUAAACAAUGUAGUUGGUAAGAACUACAGCUGGUAGCACAGGUUGAGCUGGAAUUGGAGCAGAGAGGGAAAGGAACUCAUUUAACCUUGUGUGCAGCCAGCUGGGAGCCUUCGCUGCUGCUGCUGCCAUCUCUUGGCCACUUGAAACAUCUCGAGUAUCUUUAUUUAAAGAUGAAACCACCUUUGGGGUCUUUUUGCUCUUGGUUUGGAGCAGAAGAGUCUCAGAUUCUUCCAUAAACCUUGCAGACAGAGCUCUCUCUGGUUUUUCCUGGCAGAGCUCCUCUUGCUGAACCAUCUGUCCCUUUGGUUUUUCCAAAGAGACAGGGUCUUGACUUUUGGGGCAGGGGAACCCACCCUGCCUCCUCUUUGCUUACUGCCUGAUGUAAUUUCUACAAAUCCAUUCAGCUGGGAUGAGGAUGCUCUCCAGGAGAGCCCCAGAAGUGCCUUUCCUUGCCUGAGCAUCUCUCAGAAAAUGAUUGCAUUUGGGGAAGGAGGGUUCUGCCUGGGUUUUGGUAAUUUUUUUUUUAUUAUAACCCUGGGCUCCACUUUGCAUCCCUGUUGGUGGCAUUAACCUUUGGAGCUGCCUCUUUAAUUUAUAAUUAGGUUUGGUUUUUGGUUUUUUUUUUAUUUUUUUAAGUCAAUGUAAUGAGGUUUCUACAUGGAUCCAUUUGAACUCUCCUGGAUUCCUCCAAACUUACCCUGCUGCUGAACACUCUGUAGCACAGACAAGGAAAAAAAAGCUAUUUAGGAGCAAAGUUACAGAGCAGUGUUUCAAAGUAGAAGGCUUCCAGUUGUAUUUAGUCCUAAUUUUCUACAUGAGGAAAGAAAAUGAGUUUGGACUGAAGCUUAUUUUGGUUUUUCAUUGGGUGUUUUUUGAGAAUUUUUUACCUGGCUGUCUUCUGAACUGAGUGCCAUCAUGAAGGGCUGAUUGUGAGACUGAAACUACCUUCUAGAGCUAAAACUGGAUGAUAACUCUUCAGCAUCCUCUCCCUAAACCUCCCAUUUUGUCUUUUUUUGUGUCCUAUGAGUUAAUUAAUUGCCACAAGCAGUUAGCUACCUGCUGCAUCCUACAAAGCUGAAAUGCAAGAGCCUUAAUGAGAAGGCCCAGGCUCACUGCAGGGCUUCUCCAAUCAAUAAGGGCUAAUUGAAGUAAUCAUUUAUAGGCUCAGGCUUUUUAUCAGCUGGUCAGUAAUACCACCUUCUGCUCCCUUUUUAUUUUUUAUGAAGGACUGAUACCAACUUCUCAAAUUGCUCCAUCUCCUUAUCCUGCAGUUUCUUCCAGCCAUUUGAAAAUGUUGCCUUAUAAACCAUUGGAAAACUGAGAGGUAUUAAGACCAAAACAUUUUUUUUUUCAAGUUCCUAACAGCUUAGUUACUGCCUUAACCUUUAAAAUAAUAAUCAAAAUUCAUUAAAGCUCCUGUGAACUAGGAAUAAAUGAUUUUGAGUAGCUGCAUUUUUAGCCCUUUAUUAAAAGGGAUUGCCCUUUUUAUUUAUAAAUACCAAAGAAGCUGUAGAGCUGUACAGUGUGGUAACUUGCUGUGAAAAAAAACAAACCUGUAUAAUAAUAUGUACUGUGCAUUUUUAGUGCAUGUGUUUUAAUGUCUUCUGAAUCCUCAGACUCUUUUUGAGUUAAAGGUGAAGUUUUUCAAAGGCACAAGGAGCAGUUGGGUACCUCAUUCCUGUUGUCUUACAGUAGAAGUUGGAUGGUUUUGAGCUCAGUCCUCCUGGGAACACUUUUCCAGCAGUAGGUUUUGUGCCACAGUCUCAGCCUGCUGCCUCUUAAGGUUCUUCACCAACACUGGGGAGAAAAACAGUGUUUUCUUUCCAGGAUCCAUCCUUCACUGCUGAGAGAAGAAGGGUUUUGUAUGCCUGUUCAAUCCCCCAUCUUAGCCAAACAUUUUUCUUAGCUGCUGGCUUGUGUGUUGAGGUUGUAUUUAUCUUUUAAACCUUUUUUUUUUUUUUUUUUUUUAAAGCUACAAACAGUUGCUGGACUCCUAGGAGUUAAUUCCAACCUGAAUUUCCAGUGUUAUCUGAACGUGAGUGAUGCUGCCAGUUCAUCCCUGUAUCAUACCUAGCACAAAACUGCACUAAGUGUCUCUUAUCACUGUGCCCUGGCUGCCUUAACCUCUUAAGUAGAAAAAGUCUUCUGUAAAUACUGAAAAGCUGUUAAUUGCACUGUAAAAUUUGGCAGGUGCAGCUUCUGUUGCUGGGGGAGCCAACUUUUUAUGGAUCUUUGCAUUGUGUAAAUAAAUUCCUCUUA